AUGGUUGGGGGAGGAGGGGGAGGGGCGCUGCGGCGGGUGGGCAAGUACGAGGUGGGGCGGACCAUCGGGGAGGGGACGUUCGCCAAGGUCAAGUUCGCGCAGAACACGGAGACAGGGGAGAGCGUCGCCAUGAAGGUGCUCGAUCGCUCCUCCAUCCUCAAGCACAAGAUGGUGGAUCAGAUCAAGAGAGAGAUAUCCAUAAUGAAGCUUGUGAGGCAUCCCAAUGUGGUCAGAUUACAUGAGGUUUUGGCGAGCCGAAAGAAGAUAUUUAUAAUCUUGGAGUUCAUCACUGGUGGUGAACUAUUUGACAAAAUUAUUCGUCAUGGGAGACUCAGUGAAGCGGAUGCACGUAAAUACUUUCAGCAGCUUAUUGAUGGUGUUGAUUUUUGCCACAGCAAAGGAGUCUACCAUCGAGAUCUAAAGCCUGAAAAUCUUCUCCUUGAUUCCCAAGGAAAUCUUAAAAUUUCAGACUUUGGACUCAGUGCAUGGCCUGCACAGGGAGCUGCCCUUCUACGUACUACCUGUGGAACCCCAAACUAUGUUGCCCCAGAGGUUCUUAGUCAUAAAGGAUAUGAUGGAGCACUUGCUGAUACAUGGUCAUGUGGAGUUAUUCUAUAUGUCCUGUUGGCAGGUUAUCUUCCCUUCGAUGAAGUAGAUUUGACUACCCUUUAUGGGAAGAUUGAGAGCGCAGAAUAUUCAUUCCCAGCUGUGUUUCCAAGUGGUGCUAAGUCACUGAUACGCAGAAUUCUGGAUCCUAGCCCAGAUACACGAAUCAGGAUAAAAGAGAUCAGAAAGGAUGAAUGGUUUAAGAAAAAUUAUGAACCUGCCAGGGAAGUAGAAAAUGAAGAAGUAAAUCUCGAUGAUGUUAAUGCAGCUUUUGAUGAUCCUGAGGAGGACAAUGAACAUACUUUUGACGAUGAAGCAGGCCCUUUGACGCUCAAUGCAUUCGAUCUAAUUAUUCUAUCUCAAGGGUUGAACCUUUCGGCCCUAUUUGAUCGCCGACAGGACUAUGGCAAGCUUCAAAAUAGAUUUUUAUCACGCAAACCAGCAAAUGUUAUAUUGUCAAGUAUGGAGGUUGUUGCUCAAUCCAUGGGGUUGAAGACACAUAUUCGCAAUUAUAAGAUGAGGGUGGAAGGUCCAAAUGCGAACAAGACUAGCCAUCUCACAAUUAUGCUUCAAAUUUUUGAAGUUGCCCCAUCAAUCUUUAUGGUGGAACUAGAGAGAUCUGCUGGAGAAACUUCAGAGUAUAAUAAGUUCGUAAACAACUACUGCUCCAAAUUAGAUGAUAUCAUCUGGAAAGUUUCUGCUGAGAAGGGAAAAUCUAGGACAUCCCGGCUAUCGAAGCGCUAA